GAUAUGUCAAAUUCCGAACUAAACUUGUCUGGGACGUUUCGUGUUGGUUCUUAUAAUAUAAUAUCUUUUUCUUUAUUAUAUUUACAGUAUACGAUUUAGUAAAUGUAGUUCUUUCAUGUAAAUUGUUUGUGAUUUCGUACUAAGUGCCAAAUUGAUGUCUCGACGAAAUUGGUAUUAUGAAUCAGGGUGAUCAAAAUAUAAACAAAGAUAUGAUCGAUUGUGAUUUAAUCGACGUGGAAUCUUUGGAUUUUUCCGAUGAACAGACAUGGCUCAAUACUUCUCCAGAGGAUGCCGGUGUGGCCUUAGACAUAGUUGACUGGCAGCUCUCCUUCGACUGGCCGUUCACGGAGGACGAUGACUAUCUUAAGGCAGAAACGGAAUUAUACUCGGUGCUGGAUCAUUUACUCAAAAAUGACGUCACAGCGCCGAACAAGCACAAAUUCGACUCGCGGACCUUUGUGAAACCCAAGAAGCGGGCCCAACGGCCCAGCAUACAGAGCAUCGUGGAGAGCCCGCCGACCCAAAACAAAUAUCUCACGUACAACAAGUACUCGGCGCCGUUGGGGCCUUUGAGCCCCAUAUUGAGACUGAAGACCUUCAAUGUGGAGACUGACACGGAUAACAGCAAUGCGAUUAAAGAGUACGCGAGUAAGAGGCGGAGUUUGGUUAGUGAAGAGGAGGCGCAGUUGGAGGACGUAGACAUGACGCUGGUGUCAGAAGCGUCAGAGCGUCUGUCCUCGGAUCACCUGCCUUCCAAACCGAUCAACAUCGACCUGUCACAGCCAGCGCACAAUCUUCACAAUACAUUUAAUAAGGGCCUCACGAACAUAAUGAACGAACGCGGAAGCCUCAACAUGUACCAAAGCGGCGAAUCUUUAAUGCGAAUGUCUCCCCCAAGUCUGGUGUCCUCCCUGAUGAUGGAGAGCUCUGGCAAUUUCAACCCUGAGUCCUUGGACAGUAGGAAGAGUUUGCCGUCGCAAAGAGAUUCAGGAAUACCACCGUCAGGCCGAGAAAGCAUAGACCCAAUGAUGACCAGCAUGACCCUCUCCAUAUUAGACGAAAAGGACAUGAGCACAAGCUUCCUAUCGCAGACCACCUAUCCCGACAACGAUAGCCUCAUGGACUCUCUACCCCCUUCCCUUGUCAGCUCCGUCAACUCUUCCUACAUUGUCUCCAACAUGUCCAAACAAGCCAGAGAGUCCACAGACUCCAAUAACAUCUUCAGUUCAGCAACCUUCACGCAUCUCGAUCAAUCGGAGAAACUACUAUCAGCUCGCCCGCGCCACCAACCCUUCAAUCACUUCCAGAAACGCGAAAACGAACUAAAACAAUCGCAAAGCUACACCAAAGCUAAAGAAGAAGCCUGUCAAAUCGACCCGAGCAAGAUACUAAUGGAAAACGGCGAAAACACGACCAAAACUGCAAACAAACCAGAAAUGUCAGAAACCGUUACUUUGCAUUAUUCCAACUCUAAAUUCAGACGGGACGAAAAGGAGAAUUUGAAUUCUACGUUCGAGAAAGACGACGCAUUUUUCAAGGAUAUGAACAUGCCGCGAACGGCAGAAUUGGGCAAAAACAGUUUAAACGUUACGUUAGACAAGCAGGAACUAAACGAGAUUAUACAGGCGCGUCAGAAGCUGUCUCUAGCUAGGAAAGCUUUGCCCGACGAUAAACUACCUAAUCAAGCAGACGCAGCAAUAAAAACUAUACAACUUCCAAAUCAAACUAUCACAGUGCCCCGACACAGUAUGGAGAAUGCUUCAGAAUUGUUAUCAAGGAGAAGAAUGAAUAAUAGUUUUGAUAAGGAAGAGCCAGCGACGAGAGACACGCCCAAAAGGAACGCUACCUUUAAAAAGGUGUCGCCGCGAGCUGCCUCUAUAGAUAGUACUGUAGUCUAUGCUGCAAAGAAAGAUGAGAGCGAAUUGAUUGAUAUCAAUUUGGCGACUACGAACCUCAUUGAGUCCGGCGAGAGGACGCUUGAGGAGUGGGGCUCGCAGCAGCGAGCCAUGGUGUGCUCGAGCGAGAGCACGGACACCGGCACCUUCAGCUCGUCCAGUCCACCGGAAAGCGUGCCCGACACACAGCAUGACCCAAGUUCAAUAUCAUCAACACCCCUCAUAGGCCUCCGCAAACCUAAAGACCUCCUAAACAUGCACACAACCAUAUCGCCCAUCUACGAUAUGGUCGACGACAAAUCCUACACCGUGACAAAAGUGACCGGCAACUCUCCAAUGGAAAGAACUUACGACAAGUCAUAUAACAUGAAUAAGGCUAGCGCGAAUUCGUCCAUGGAUAAGACAUAUGAUAUGCAUGCGACGGUGAUAAACAGCGCUACUAUGAUUAAGAAGAGUUCGGCUAAAAGGGAUAUAUUGGCGGGGAAAGUUAGUCCCGAUAAGAAAAUGUUUGGGCCCAGCGUGCCGGUGAAAACUCAAAGCAUGGGUUCUUGUGUAAGUGCUAUGGCGCCUCCAGUAGCGGUUCCAAGGAAAACUGGUCUUCCAACCUCCAAGCUGAGGCAGUAUAGCUCACAUAAGGAACUCAGCAGGAUACCAGCGGGCAACCCAGUGGCGGCGCGGGCGUUGCCGCGCUGCAACAUGAUCCGGCGCGGCGUGUACGCCUCCCACCCCGCGCUCAGCCCCACGCACCCCCACCCCGCGCACCCUACACACCCCGCACCCAUACGCAGGGACUCCUAUACGCUCGAAGUGGACGACGAAACGAGGCCAUCAGCGAAACCCGUCGCACCGAACCAACCGGCGCUGGUCCGCCAGGGCACCGAGACGCUGCGCAGGGAACGGCCGCAGAGCCAACUGGUGGCACCUAAAGAUCUGCGCGCGAGCGGCAUCGGCGUGCCCGUCGCAAUGCGAAACCAUCAUAUGCCGCCACCCACGACGCGGCCAUACUCGAUAGCGGGAGCGUCGCAACUCCGGGUAAUGAGGCCGGCCACUGUACCCGUACAGAAACCAGUGCCCGCUGCGCCGGUUUCCGAGUCUCGGCCGGCGUCGUCGGCGCUGCCGCGGCCUUCGCGUCUGCCCGCACCGAGGCGUGCACUCAGACCUCCCUCAGUAUACUCCGUAGCGCCAACAGCGGACGUCGACCACUACUGACGACUCCCGUUAGGAACCUAGGAAACCUAGCGUCUAGACUUAACAAGUAAACACGACUGAUUGGAAACUCGGUGUCUUUGAGAACUAAGUAGCGAUGAGAUGAUCUUAUUUUAUAUUCUUUUGUACGUUUUUAACAAAUUUUAAAUUUUACACGAAUUAAAGGCUUUAGGGCUUCGGGCGUCAACCGCCUUGCUAACUUUCUAUUAAUAUAAUCUAUCGUAUUCAACCAUCAUGAUUACCAAAAGGAUAACGUCUAUAUGCAGUGACCUCGAGAUCAUGGUCAUGCGGUUGUUUGCCACCACCGCAGUAAAAUAUGACAAGUUACUUUACUAAAAACUAGUGUCCGAACGAAGUUUCGGUUUCGGUCAAAGCUUAAGUUUCGGCCAGAAAAACUGCCAAAUUUAGCCGCGCCGGAACUGUAUAUUUGUUAGUGUCCGGCCGAGGUUUCGGCAUAAAAAUCAUGUUUCGGCCAAUGAUUCGGUUUCUGCUGAACCUAGAGCAAAACCGAAUCUCCAGUUUCGGGAGAAAAUCCGGUUCCGGUCGGACACUACUAAAAGCAUCCGUCUUUUUUUGACAAUGCGUAACUGUUUUAGCGAAAGAUAAUGCUAGUCGUCUCUUUCUAUUUGAGGUUUUAUCAAUUCAAAAAUGACUUGAUUAGUAUUGAACACUUGAAGGUCCCCAAGUGAAGUGCUAUUAACGGUAAUUAUGACUUUUUAAUUUUUUUAAAUAUUGAUGUUAUGGAAUUGGACUCGCAAUUCGUAAUAGACCGUAAGUCGGUGUACUAAGGCUUAGUUUCACACUCACUGUGAUUUACUUCAUAAUCAUGUCCACAUAGGAAUUAAACAUUUUUAUAACUAAAGUAUAUGCAGUAUUUGAUCUUGUAGAUGCAAGAUAAUGUAGGCAACGGAGACCCGUUUUUAUGUAAUAGUUUUACUACGUUGAGACAAUAAAAUGGUAUUUUAUCAAUAAUUUUGCCUGUCGCGUAUAAAUUGUGGACUGACUAAUACAUCUCAUUAGUUAAAUUUUAUAUUCAUUAAUCAAACGGCAUUUGAAAGUUUUUUCAUUAAAAUUUUUGUAAUGCCUUUAAAUUGGGAUUAGGAAACGUCUUUUCUUCUGAUGAAAAGCUUUGCAUUUCCAAGCCCUCAACAUUGCUCUCUUCACUCGUUCUCUCAGACGGUAGAGCUCAAAAUUUCAAUAUUCUUUCCAUAAAUGUUUGGUACAAAGACAUACAAAUUAAGUUAUUAUAAUUCUUAUAUUAUUUACAAAUUUAGUAUAUAGUAUAAUACUGCGUUAGUAAUUUAUUUGUGAGUAAGGUAUUGCAUUUUGUUGAGAGAUUGUAAACAUUUUAGACAUGUUUGUUUAAACGUGUUUUGCUUUAGAUGUAAAAUUUUGUAAUAAUGUUUUAUACUGAUGCUAACUUUGUAAAAAUAGUUGAAAUAUCAAAAAAAAAUAUUAUAUAUCGCACAAAAAUCGUAACACGAAUUUUUGUAUAACUCUUUUGAACAUGUUUAGUUAUGAAAAUAUUUGAAAAAGAUAACCGUUUUACACGUGCACAUUGUAAAAAUAUUUUUUAAAGUUUCUUGUACAUUAUGUAAAGUUUCAUCUAAAAGUAUGUGCUAUUUAUGAAUUGAAAUCAUUCUUAAACUGAAGAUAUUUCACAUAUCCAUAUUAUUACUUAAAUAUUUUACUAAUAACUUUGCCAUAUAACAAAGCUUCCUAUGUAUCCUAAGACUAUUUAUUCUAAUAUAAUACCUACCUAUUUAGACACUACAGAUAUUUAUUACAUCGAUUGCUCCUGCCAUUUUCAAAUUAAAAUUAUUAUAUUUUGAGCUGGCACUCCAUAUAAAUGGCGGCUGUUAUUUUUGGCUUGCAUGUUUCUGUUGCGUGCAAGUUACAAUUUUGUACGUAAAAAACUGGCAACACCGUCCAGGAAAAGUUUAUAUAUUUAUUUAACUCUUUCAAAUAUUUCUGUUCUUACUGUCAUUAUACUGUCCUAUUUUUGCUUGUUGUAAUAUAUAUUGUUAAUUUCACCAGUAUUGUAACUUUUCGGGCCAAAGGUGUUAAAAGUUGUUACGAAGUUGUGACUUGUUACUAAACAUUAUGAUUACUACCAACUAUGUAGAAUGUAGAUAAUCCAGGAUUGUUUAUGUACAGGACUUUAUUUUAUAUGAACAUAUUUGAAUCGCUGUAAAUCCGAUGUUUUGCUGUUUGCCGCGCAUCGGUUGCGCUUCGCUUGCGGUUGGUUUCGACACGUCGUGCCUUAUUUAGGUAGUGUAAGGAAUUUUGUUUUCAUUUUCUAAUAAAACAGUAUGUAUUUA